UCGAACAGUUCAUUUCCGGUGCAGAAGUACCUAUCAUGCCGGUUCGCAGAAUGACGGGUCGUUUGUCUUGUGGUCGAGAUUAUCACUGCUGCCCCGACAUUAAUACGACUUUAGACAAUGUCUGUAAAUCUGGGUUUGAUUUUGUUUGCCUGCCCAUUGUCAAUCCGAGAUACAAACGUGAAUUUAUCUAUGGCCCCGCCAAGGACAGGCCGGGGGCCAUGACACGAUCAGAUCUAGUAUUAACCGGACAAGAUUGGAACACUCUCAUCGUUGGAAAGGUUUCACCAUGGAUUCAGUUAGAUUCAAAAGUGGACACCAUCAGGAAGAACUCGGAAGUGGCUUUUAAACAAGAGCUAGCCUACGCUUCACAUCUGGGUCUGCCUGCCAUCCUCAUCACCCUUCGCAACAAGAAUGUGAGCAAUGUGGCUAGGUGUCUGAAUCAGCAGCUUAUAUCCAGCUACUUCCAACAGCAAUAUUGGAUACAGGUUCCUCUGAUGUCUGCCAAAGACCAGGUAGACUGUCUAAUUGAGGGUGAAGAGGAAAAAACUGAGGAGGAAAUCGAGGAUACAUGGGAAUGGUGGCACACAUUCCGGACAGUCUGUGACGGCAACAAAAGGAUAAAAGUAGCCCUGGAGUUGUCCGCUAAUCUCCCUCCAGAUCAUAUCCUUGAACGAUGGCUGGCUGAACCAGUCAAGUGUGUUUUCAUCUCCACUAGCCUGUUUAUAACAAACAAGAAGGGUUAUCCAGUACUGUCCAGGGCUCAUCAGAUGUUUCUCAAUAAACUAUUCAGGUUGGAUGUCCAGUUGGUUCUUACUGGUGUGGAACGACACGCAGACAAGGGUGUCCAUGCCUAUCAACAGUAUCUUGACCACCUGUUCCAGACUCAACCGACCCCUGAUCCAGUCACCCAGUUUGCUAAAGGUUAUGAGGAUUACCUCCAGUGUCCAUUACAGCCAUUGAUGGACAACCUGGAAUCACAGACCUAUGAGAUAUUUGAGAAGGAUCCAGUGAAAUAUUCACAGUAUCAAAAGGCAAUUUACUGUGCUUUACUGGAUAAGAUACGCCCCGAGGAAAAAGAUACUAAGAGCAUAGUGUUAAUGGUGGUCGGGGCUGGCAGAGGACCACUUGUCCGGGCCGCCCUAUCUGCAGCCCAACAGGCUGACCGUAAAAUACGCAAACUCUAUGCUGUAGAGAAAAACCCCAAUGCUGUUGUUACUCUGGAGAACAUGAAGGAUGAGAUGUGGGGUGAUCAGGUGGAUGUGAUUUCCUGUGACAUGCGCCAGUGGCAGGCACCUGAGAAGGCAGACAUCUUAGUCAGUGAGUUGCUUGGAUCCUUUGGGGACAAUGAGCUUUCUCCGGAAUGUUUGGACGGAGCACAGAGGUUCUUACAAGAUGAUGGGAUCAGUAUUCCCUGUGAAUAUCAAUCCUACUUGGCACCGCUCCAAUCCGAGAAACUCCACAACGAGGUGAAAUCAUGCAAGGAAAAGGACAAGCCACUUGAGUACAACUUUGAGAUGCCUUAUGUGGUGCGACUACACAACUGUAAGCUGAUCGCUGAACCACAACCAGUCUUUCACUUCCAUCAUCCCAACCAUGACAAAGUGAUAGACAACACUCGUUACGCCACACUGGAGUAUACUGUCGAGGAGAACUCCGUGCUACAUGGUCUGGCCGGCUACUUUGAUACCAAACUUUACGGUGAUGUUAUGCUCAGUAUCCUUCCCUCAACCCAUUCUACAGGGAUGUUCAGCUGGUUCCCGAUCCUGUUCCCAAUAAAGACUCCUCAAUACCUGAAGAAGGGAGAAACCCUUUCUGUAGACAUCUGGCGGUGUGUGAGUAACAAGAAUGUUUGGUACGAAUGGCUGGUCACAAAGCCACGAGUGAUACCUAUCCACAACCCUUCGGGACGUUCUUAUACUAUUGGACUAUAACACAAAACUACCUUUCCACAACCCUUCAGGACGCUCUUAUACUAUUGGACUAUAACACAAAACUACCUAUCCACAACCCUUCAGGACGUUCUCAUACUAUUGGACUAUAACACAAAACUACCUUUCCACAACCCUUCAGGACACUCUUAUACUAUUGGACUAUAACACGAAUCUGACAGAUAUCAAGUCUGUGACCAAAGGAGGAUGUCUGUUGACUGAUGUGAUUGGGAUCAACCAUUUCAACAAACCUGCUGAUGGGUUAUCAAUAAGGUGGAUUUGAAAUUGAUGCUGAUGCUCUUCCAGAACCAGUUGGUACAUUCUUCAAACAAACAGUUAUAGUCGUUCUGGUCAAGUAGCCAUGACGAAUUGAAAUACAUUGUAAAGCUAAGUACAUGUAUACAUGUUAUACAUCAUUACAUGUAAGAAAAUACAUAAUUAUGUUCCGUUAACAAAUGUAAACAUUUUGUGUUAUUGUUAGUAGCUAUGUUUUACCAAGCUAGUAAUACAGUUUAUGUACUAAGUAAAAA